AUGAGGGAGAUUUAUAGAACAAACCCAUGUAUCUCCAUCUUCCUUAUGAGCUCCAUUUCUGUUUUAAUGGUGGUGGUGGUCACCAAUGUCACUUCAAAUGGACUGACUCUGUUCUCUCUACCUUCUUCUCCCUGGUCAUGGACUCCGGCCGUCUCUCUAUCUCCUUCUCACUUCCACGGUACUAAGCCGCCGCCGGGGAAACCCGCCGGAAAACUUAACCGGGUGGAGGCUAUUCUUGCAGGAGCCAGAGCACAGAUUAAGGAAGCUUUAAACAAUGGUAGUUCUAGUAUGUCUAAUUCCUAUGUUCAAGAUCAAGAUGAUUACAUUCCAAAAGGAGAUAUUUACAGGAACCCUUAUGCUUUCCACAGGAGUUACCAAUUGAUGGAGAAAUUGUUCAAGAUCUAUGUUUAUGAAGAAGGGGAACCACCAAUUUUUCACAAUGGACCAUCUAAGAGUAUUUACUCAAUUGAAGGAAUUUUCAUAGCUUCAAUCGAAAAGGAUACAAUGUUUCGAACCAGAGACCCAAACAAAGCCCAUGUUUAUUACUUACCCUUUAGUGUAGUCAUGAUCUUAGAGACCUUGUUUGAUCCAAUUGUACGCGAUAAAGCUGUUCUUGAGAGAACCAUCGGCGGCUACAUUCGUUUAAUCUCUUCCAAAUACCCAUUUUGGAAUAGAAGCUUCGGCGCAGAUCAUUUCAUGUUAUCCUGCCAUGAUUGGGGACCUCGAGCGACAUGGUACGUUCCACAGCUGUAUUUCACAUCAAUCAGAGCUUUAUGCAAUGCGAAUUCCUCAGAACGAUUCAACCCUAGAAAAGACGUAUCAAUCCCUGAAAUCAAUCUCCAAACAGGCGAAAUCGACGGUCUAAUCGGAGGCCCACCUCCAUUAGAACGAACAAUCCUAGCAUUCUUCGCCGGAAGGGCACACGGACGAAUUAGACCUAACCUGUUCAAACAUUGGAAAGAGAAAGACGAUGAUAUUAGGGUUUACGAGAAGUUACCUAAUGGGAUUUCGUAUAAGGAGAUGAUGAUGAAGAGCAGGUUCUGUAUUUGUCCUAGCGGAUGGGAAGUGGCGAGUCCGAGGAUAGUGGAGGCGAUUUACUCGGAAUGCGUACCGGUUUUGAUAUCGCAAAAGUAUGUUCUUCCGUUUAGCGACGUUUUGGAUUGGGGUGCGUUUUCGGUGGAGAUCUCUGUUGAGGAGAUACCGGAGAUGAAGAAGAUAUUAAUGGCGAUUGGAGAUGAUGAGUAUUUGAAGAUGCAGGAGAAUGUGAAGAUGGUGCAGAAGCAUUUUGUUAUUAAUGAUCCACCUAAAAGAUUUGAUGUUUUUAAUAUGAUUGUUCAUUCUAUUUGGCUUAGAAGAUUGAAUGUUAUUGUUCAUAAUAAUAAUCAUAAUUAAUACUA